AGCGUCCUCCUCAUCUACACGCACUGAAGGAAAGAAACAUCUUUGGUUGGGAGAGAAGGAGGAAAAAAAAAGAGAGGAAAAAAACUUGCCUGGUUGUGGAAAAUGACACUUGAAGUAGCAAAGCCGGCAGCGCGAGUUGAGUCUAUUGUUUCUUAAAUUGCCAUCAGGGCUUUUUUUUUCUUCCUGCUUCUUCAAGUGAAGGGUACCUCUGCAAAAGGAAACUCCAGCCCCUCCUGCCCUCCACCGGCCUGUGAUCAUUACAAAAAAAAAAAAAAAAAAAACAGCGAAAAAAAAAAGCACCCAAACCAAAAAUUAACCAACCAAACAACCCCCAACAGCCAAGCAUACAUCUCAUUUUUUUUAUUUUGGUCUUUUCGUUGGAUUUUCCCUUCUUUUUUCUCUGUCUUUUUUUCGGGUAAUCGCUCAGUUUUGAGCGACGGUUUACAUUUUUUUUUUUUAAAUUUGCUUUCUAGCCCGCCUUGAUCUUCCAGCGCGAGUUCAUCGUCUCAAAAAAAAAAAAAUCUCUGGCUGGCGUUUUUCUUUCCCUUUUUUUUUUUUUAAAUAUUUUCAAGGGGGAGGAGAUUUUCCACAAGAAAAGGUUGUUUUCAUGUUUGGGAUUCAGGAAAGCAUCCAACGGAGUGGAAGCAGCAUGAAGGAAGAGCCGCUGGGCAGCGGCAUGAACGCGGUGCGGACGUGGAUGCAGGGCGCCGGGGUGCUGGACGCCAACACGGCGGCGCAGAGCGGGGUGGGUCUGGCCCGGGCUCACUUUGAGAAGCAACCGCCUUCCAAUCUGAGGAAAUCCAACUUCUUCCACUUCGUCCUGGCCCUCUACGACAGACAGGGCCAGCCCGUGGAGAUCGAGAGGACAGCCUUUGUGGGGUUCGUGGAGAAGGAAAAAGAAGCCAACAGCGAAAAGACCAAUAACGGGAUUCACUAUCGGCUGCAGCUCCUCUACAGCAAUGGGAUAAGGACGGAACAGGAUUUCUACGUGCGCCUCAUCGACUCCAUGACAAAACAAGCCAUAGUGUAUGAAGGCCAAGACAAGAACCCAGAAAUGUGCCGAGUCUUGCUCACCCACGAGAUCAUGUGCAGCCGCUGUUGUGACAAGAAAAGCUGUGGCAACCGAAAUGAGACUCCCUCAGAUCCAGUGAUAAUUGACAGGUUCUUCUUGAAAUUUUUUCUCAAAUGUAACCAAAAUUGCCUAAAGAAUGCAGGAAACCCACGUGACAUGCGGAGAUUCCAGGUCGUGGUGUCUACGACAGUCAAUGUGGAUGGCCAUGUCCUGGCGGUCUCUGAUAACAUGUUCGUCCACAAUAACUCCAAGCACGGGCGGAGGGCUCGGCGGCUUGACCCCUCGGAAGGUACGCCCUCUUAUCUGGAACAUGCAGCUACUCCCUGUAUCAAAGCCAUCAGCCCGAGUGAAGGAUGGACCACGGGAGGCGCCACUGUGAUCAUCAUAGGGGACAAUUUCUUUGAUGGGUUACAGGUCAUAUUCGGUACCAUGCUGGUCUGGAGUGAGUUGAUCACUCCUCAUGCCAUCCGUGUGCAGACACCUCCUCGGCACAUCCCUGGUGUGGUGGAAGUCACAUUGUCCUACAAAUCCAAACAGUUCUGCAAAGGGACUCCGGGAAGAUUCAUUUACACAGCGCUCAACGAGCCCACCAUCGACUAUGGUUUCCAGAGGUUACAGAAGGUCAUUCCCCGGCACCCUGGAGAUCCUGAGCGUUUGCCAAAGGAGGUCAUCCUCAAAAGGGCCGCAGACCUGGUAGAGGCGCUGUAUGGGAUGCCGCACAACAACCAGGAGAUAAUUCUGAAGAGAGCGGCCGACAUCGCGGAGGCCCUGUACAGCGUCCCCCGCAACCACAGCCAGCUCCCGGCCCUCACUAACACUUCGGUCCACGCGGGAAUGAUGGGCGUGAAUUCCUUCAGUGGACAGCUGGCCGUGAAUGUCUCCGAGGCGUCGCAGGCCACCAACCAGGGUUUCACCCGCAACUCAAGCAGCGUAUCGCCACACGGGUACGUGCCGAGCACCACUCCCCAGCAGACCAACUAUAACUCCGUCACCACGAGCAUGAACGGAUACGGCACAGCCGCCAUGUCCAAUUUGGGCGGCUCCCCAACCUUCCUCAACGGCUCAGCUGCCAACUCACCCUACGCCAUUGUGCCAUCCAGCCCCACCAUGGCCUCUUCCACAAGCCUCCCCUCCAACUGCAGCAGCUCCUCUGGCAUCUUCUCCUUCUCACCAGCCAACAUGGUCUCAGCCGUGAAACAGAAGAGUGCUUUCGCACCAGUCGUCAGACCCCAGACCUCUCCGCCUCCCACCUGCACCAGCACCAACGGGAACAGCCUGCAAGCGAUCUCUGGCAUGAUUGUUCCUCCCAUGUGAAAGAAUUGCCUUGAAGAAUUUUAUUAAUGAAGAGGUUGGAUUCUGCUACAGAGAGAGUAAUCUGAUACAAGUCCCAGAGUGGAACUUUUAACUCAGGCCUUUUUAAGAGGAAUCACAAUUACUGCAGAUUUUUAAAAACAAACAAUAUCACCGACCUUGCAAAUACUGAAAUUGGAAGGGAUCUGUGAGUGCAGGGUGCUGGUUCAAGUUGUACCUCCCAGAUGUUUGGGGGAUAUAUUUAUUCUGUGUCGAUAAAAGCAAAUCCACUUUUUCUUUCUUCCUUCCUUCCUUUCUUUCUUUUUUUUAAGCUUCACUCCACAGUCAUUUGUCUUUUACGAACCGUAAAGCUGUACACACGGGACACUAUAAAUAAGACCCCAUGUUUUAAUUUAUGAUGUUUUUAAAGCUGUGUAAAGGGAGAAUGAAGUGGUGAUAUUUACAAAAAAGUUAAAAAAAGAAAAAAGGAAAAAAAAAAGCUUGUAUGGGACAGAAUAGGAAUGCCAGUUAGAUUUUUUAGAAAACUAAGAGUUGGCUUUUGCGCCUUAAAGCAUAUCAAAUGGUAGUUAGCUCAGACAGUGCAUUUUCAGUAUCUAACUUAACAUGCCACCCCUUAGCAGUGCAAGCUUAUUUAUCUCUUUCGUAUUGUUGUCUUAAGUAACUGUGUAAAUAAAUGCAGCCUGCAGAGUUACAAAGUGAUGUUAAGUGAUCACGUUUUUUCCCUUCUACUCAAAAAUCCAGUGCCUCUAGACAGAUCGUUAAAACUGCAUAUUUAAACCCAAUUAUCAUUCUCGCUUUUAAUUCUGUCAACUCCUUCCGAGGCCGGUGGCCUCUCGAGAGAGAGCUUGGUGGCACGCAGAGUGUGAGAGAGUCCCCUUUGAAUCUUCAUGGAACAGGGUCCAGGCACAGAAUUCCGCAUGAUGCCCUCCAGUGAUCAAGCCAAAAUCCCUCUUACACUCCCGCCAUCCGCAGCAAGGUAAAAGUUUACUCAUCCCGAGUGCUGACUUCACACAGAUCCUCCCAAAGCUGACAAAAGCAAGCUGGAGAGAGAGAUAGGGCUCCUAUCAGUCGACCCUUGUAUUUGUAACACAGUAGAUCCAAAGGAUAGGUGAAGUGCUUUGGAAUCAAGAGUACAAGAAAACUGGGGGAAAGGAAAAGAGGGUUGAGACCUCCAAAACACAGUUUUCUGUUCUACGGAAAUGUUUGCUCUCAUUAUCUGGAAAGUGUUCUUAAAAAGAAGGAUAGCAAAGAUGCAGCAAAGCUACGAGGAUGCAUUUGCCUGAUAUUUUUUUCUUUGCUGUUGUGUUUUUGUAUGUAGUUAUAAAUACUGUAGAUUUUUUUGUGAUUUUUUGCCAAAGUCGUCGUUCUAUUUAUACAUUUUAAUGUCUUAAGACAGUUUUUCAAUAUCACAAAAAGAUUUUACGGCAUAUUUUGCAAAGGAAAAAAAAAAGGCUCACUACGUUUAGCUUGCACAUGUUUGCAAAGUUAAUUAAAAGGCUUUCUGUUUUAAAGAGGAUUUUGUAAAAUAUCCAUAUAAAUAAUGUAUUUAUCUUUGGAAUUUGUACAUUGCUUUCCCUUUCUUCCUUUUCCUCCCACCCUCUAUUUUAUUGUGUAUGUUGGCUAUGUGAAAAGUGCAUAUUUGUUUGUUCACCUACAGUUGUAUUAGCUGUUUCAAUGUGAUUUUUAAACAUUUCAUUUAUAGUUAUUUUUAGUAUUGUUUUAAAACCAUGCUUCAAUUUUUUUAAAAUUUCCACCCAAAAGCCAUUGUCUAUUUUUGUAUUAUUUGUAAGUUAAGAAGUUUUUUCCAAUAUAUGGCAAAAAAAAUAGUAGCAUAUUAUUCUUGUAGCAUUUAGUUCUGUAGAUUAAAAAAAUGUAUCCUUUGCUUUGAAAGCUUACAAAAAAAAUCCAACCCUAAUGCUGUUUUACUCUAUUAAUAUGCAUGGAAUCUCUCCCUCUGGAGUGACGCAUUUUGUGCAUUAAAUUCGGGGGAGAAACUUCAUAGAAAUCAAUGAACAUUCUUUCUUAAGUCUGCUUGUAUAUUUCCUCUGUCUUUCACAUAAAUAUAAACCAGCAGAUUGGAUGCCUUAACAAUGCAAAUCAUAUUCAUUUCACUUGUACAUUGUAACUGUGCACCAGAACUGUCAGUCAUCACUAACAUUGUAAAAAAACAAAAACAAAAAAACAGAAAAAAAAACAAAAAAACAAACAAAGAAAAAAAACAAAGAAAUCGAAAAGCACAAAAGAACUCUUUUGUUACCUUAAGACAAUGUAACUUUUUCUAGUAGACAAGAAAUUUACAACAAUGCUGCAACUGUGCAUGCCCCCGUAUGGAUUUUGCAAUGGUUUUCACUAGACUGUCAAGAGUGCGA